AUGGCGUUGGAUGAUGAAGAAGAAGGGUUUGAGCCAGUCGGUGAGGGUGUCGGUGUGAUUGAGAUUGGCGGGGAGGAGUCCUGGGUGGUAGUCGGUCAUUUCCUUACUGUCAAGCUUGUUAAGGUGGAGUUCAUGCGGCAAGUUCUGGCCUCUGUGUGGCAGCCGGUCAAUGGUGUCCAAGUUACUGAGCUACAACCCAACUUGUUUCUGUUUAUCUUCUAUCAUAAGUCUGAUAUGGUUCGGGUGUUGGAGAAGGGGCUGUGGUCUUUCGAAAACAACACGCUCGUCUGUAGGCAGGUCCGCGACGGCGUCCUCCCGGGUAAUUUGAUUCUUGAUUCAGUUGACAUGUGGCUACAGAUAGGGAAUUUUAUUGGUGGUUUCGUGCGCUGUGGCGAUAGAUUUGCUGGUGUUCCUUGGAGAACCCUUUAUCGGAUUCGUGUGUCGAUUCCGGUAGCCCGUCCGUUGAGGCGUGGAAUGAAGUUAGUUAAGAGGGACAAAACUACCUGUUGGGUUUCAUUCAAAUACGAACGGCUACAUACUUACUAUUUCUUUUGCGGGUUGUUGUGGCACUCGUACAAAUUCUAUGUUAAGGCCAGAGAUUCGCCCAUGCCACUCGAGCAGUAUCUGUACGGGGCUGGUUGA